AUGCAGCCAGCCACGAUGGACCCAGCAGACGAGCCCGCCUCGAUGUUGUGGGGACUGGACCCGAUCUUCUCUGCCUUCGCCAGGCUGUAUGUCAGGGACAUCCUGGAGAUGGCCGAGUCCACACAGGUGCCAGGUAUUUACUUCUACAACCUGCAUCCCAUCUAUAAAGUCGAUGUGCUUGGGACAGUAGUUUACAAGAGAGAAAGAGACGACUUCUUCUGUUAUGGAGUGGAUGACGGCACUGGUGUAAUAAACUGCCUCUGCUGGAAGAACGACCUGUUGAAAGAGGAGGAGGGUCCUACCAAAUCAGGAGGAAAAUGCAGUGAAGGGGGCUUCAACCCCGUCGCUGAACUGGAGAAGCUGAGACAGGCCCAGCAGGGCCGCUUCCGUCUGGAGAUCGGAGAGCUGCUCCGAGUCAGAGGACCAGUGAAGACGUCGAGGCAACAGAGAGAAAUCAUGGCCUCCACCUUCUAUAAAGUGAACGACCCAGUGAUGGCGGUCCAGAUAGAGUGGAUGAUGGAGGUUCCUCGGCUCUACAGACUGUGCUAUGACAAACCGCUAGAGCUGCGGCCGAACGCCACGGGUGACUCGGCCCUCAGCUCGCUCAGCAAGGCAACGAACAUCAUCAAGGAUUUCUUCCAGCAGAAGUCGGUGACCCGGUUCAGACCGUAUGACGUCCAGGACCUCCUGCAGCCUCUGAUGUCCAGCCAGCCACCAACAGCAUCAGCAGACUCGGCGCCCGCGGCGGGUCCCUCUGCAUGUCAGCAGCUACGCCAGCUUCUGAAGGAGGCCCUGCAACUUCUACAGGACGAGGGAGUUGUGUACCGCAAAGUCAAAUCCCAGGAUGAAGUCUAUCACGUGACGGCACAUGACACAGAUCUCCUCAUCGCCGUCAAAGACGUCAUCAGGGAGGACUCUCAGAAAGAGAAGUAUGCUGAGAAGGGUUGCCACAUCCUGCACAUCCUGUCUGCAGUCAGGCAGCGCCACAGCCUCAACGUGAGCAAAGCCACGCUGGAGCUCGUCCUCAACUCCCUGGAGAGCAACAGCGACAUCGUCAGCACCAGCGACAGCCAUUACACCGUGUUCUGACCUGAGUGUGGCGGCGGGAACCUUCGGUGUCACUGCAGACACGGCGUGCACUGUGGUUUAUUGCUCCAGAAUGUGAUCGUCCAAUAUGUUUUGAAGUGAAUCAUUCCGUUUGUUCGUCAUGACCACUGGGAAGUGGGGCUCUUGCCAACUUGAAAUGACUUCUGCAUAAUGAUCGACAUUCAGGAAGCUUUCAGGACCACGUGGACUUCACUGUUGUAAACAUUUACGAUAAAAGACCUGUUGAGGGAUAGGAGAUGAAUAACAGGCCAGGGCCAUGCUUGGCUUGAUUAACUCGCUAAAGGGGUUUAGGGGGAAAAAUGUAAGACCUCUUUUUUUAACCCAUUCAUUUGCAAGCCAGUAUGUUUUCUUGUUCUUUUUUUACUGUUUCAUGCAGAGAGAUAAUAUUAAAAAUAAUAUUCAUGCAAGAAAAUGUGAUGCUGCAAUCCAAACAUACCAUCGAUGUAUCACAUUAAACCACACUCUCAACCAAUAAAAUGUGUGUGAGUUAGAGACCA